AUGUCUGCUCCCGGCGCUCAACAACUUCAUGUCCCCAACAGCCACCAGCCUGAACAGUCUUUGGCUGAAUUCCACGAGUACCAAAGCCGAUAUGGGGUAGAUGCUCGUCUCUUUAUUGGAAAUCUUCCAAACAAGUGCACUCGAGAGGAACUAGCACAUAAUCUAUGUGACAUAUUCAGCCAAUGCGGUGAAUGCCGUGUGCGCUUGCACACCAACACACAGAAUUCACUUGUUGGUGCUUUCGUCCAGUUCACAAACGCCCAGGCUGCCGAGACAGCUUUUAAUGAGAAGAAUGGGACGAGGAUCUUACACCGUCCUUUGAGGGUCGAGAAAGCAAUGGGACCCAGAGGAAAAACCGGGAAUACCGGAAAUCGCACGCAAGCACCUGGACUGCAAAUGGGGCCAAAUCAGCCAUUGCCCCUUAAUAAUGGGUCAGUGGCACACAAUUACUACCCUGCGGGACAGGCAUAUCUCUAUCAGCCAGAUCCACAGCCAAACUACAUGCCGCCUGCAAAUAUGGGAGGCGGCGUGCCAUACCCUAUGGGUCACCCGCCUACCAAUCGUGACUACCUGUCUGCCCAGCAAUGGCAGGCUGCACCUAGGCAGACGAUAUCUCACAACGGCUACUACUGUGAGCCCAACAACGACCAUGACUACGAGCCAAACAAUGGGCAUGACCUUCAGCCCGACAACGGCCAUAUCUGGAAUUCCAAUGUCGGUCAAUGGUAUAAGCACGAGGACCGCUUUCACAAGGACCCCGAGACCGGCCGUUACUACGAUAGCUUGAUUCCAGGCUGUUACUUUGAGAAUGGUCUUUACUAUGGUCCCAAGAACCCCCGCGACAAAUCACUCACCAAUGGUGAGAUUCGCCUUGCUGGAGAACACACAUCCAGCCCUCCGCGGGACGACGACAUGUCAACCUCGACUUCUGGGGCAUCCACUGCGCCUCUGGAAGCAGAAUCAGCCCCGACUUCCCAGGUAUCCACUCCACCUGUGGAAGAAGAAUCAGCCGUGUCUGAGGAUGAGCAGACUCAAGCAGUCCCGGUAUCCCUUCUGGGCUUGUCUUCUGGGGUCUUUGAUUCUCUGCUCAAGGAGAGAUCUUAG